AAACAUAGUGACGCAAGCACCUGCAUUACAUCUGCUAUGCAAUCCGACCCACAGCAAAUUCAGGGUACGCCUUCGUUGGCUGCCUCUACAGCAGUGCCUCCCCCCUCGCUGCAACCCCUUACGCAACAAAUGCGAAACUACCUUGCUCAGCAAGACUACAUAAAUGCCCUUCGCGUCGCAAAUGACGUUGAAAUAUUGCUUCUGACUCAGCUGACUUUGCCCGGCCACCACCUUCACAUCUCACAGACAAACAAACUAUGCCCUGGUGACGGAAAUCCUCAACUCCUGCUUGCUGUUCAGCUGCUUUUACACCUUAUCCUGGACGAUCUGGCCAACGCCCGGCUUUUAUGGCGGCGCAUCCCCAACGAGCUGAAGAACGUGUCAACCCUUGAGGGGAGACAACUGUCAAAGGCGUGGGACGUGGGAAAGUCGUUGUGGGCGCGAGAGAUCCCUGCUGCUCAUGUCGCCAUACGGGACGUACAAUGGACGCCGGAGCUCGUGCCUUUGGUGGAUGCGUUACGUGAGCGCAUCCUUCGGGACGAGUUUGCCCUCUUGAGUCGUGCUUUUCGACGCUUGAGGAUCUCGUCCAUGGCAAAGAAGCUGGGCGUGACUGAAUCGGAAGCUGUCGCAGGUUUGCCCGAGCUGGAGCAACUUACGAAGUAUAUCUCUUUCUUAGAGGCAGAGAGUGUCACCUCCUCUGUGGCCUGAGGGUAGGAUUAGAGGCAUGAGAAGAGGGGACCAGAGAGGGGCGGAGGCAGGGCAUGCAAAUGUACAAAAAGAAA